AUGAAACUGAUUAACUGCGUGCACGCCCUCGUGCGGCACUGCGUACCCUUGGUCCAGCGACUUCGCACUUCACCUGGCCACGUUUUCGACGUCUGCUGGGAUUCUUCGCGUCGUUAUUUCUUCACCGUUGCCCUUUUCGCUCUUUUGGGUGCGAAAAUUUUACAUCUAUAUGCCCACAUUUAUUCCUUACCACCCUCCAAAUUCUUUUGCUGGGGCAUCACAUUUUUCUUUCAAGAUGUCUGCGUUUUGAUCCUCAUCCGUAUUUUUACACAAACCAUUCCGUGGCGACCGGUAGCUAUACUGGCCGCUCUCGUGAUUAUCCCAUUCAGUUUACUUAUGUCAGGAAUGGCCUCCGCGAAUACCUCAUUUUACGUUGUCACCGGUGCCGAGAUCCACUGGCGUCAGGCCAAGACCUUUCACGGCGAUGCAGCGGCAAUUCGCACCCUUUUGACUGGCUUGACAGGCUUUCUGGUUGUGGAAGGGAUUCUGUUGACGGCUGCAUGGUUUACAGCGAGACCGAUCCAUCGGGGGGCUGGUGGCGUCUUGAAGGUACUGGCGUGGCCAUUCCGACUACUGGUGACCUUGAUCCGGAACGUUGUCAAUCGGGUGCGCGGUGGGCGACCGUUAUUGCCAGAUCCUCAAGUAUACGAGCAGAUUGCAGUCGACGAUUAUCGGGAUGAUAAGAGUGAUGACGAAGAGUCGGUCUAUCUGAUGGACUCGGGCAGUGCGGGGUCUGCUCAGAAGAAGGAUUCGGUGCUAAAGAGGGUAGGCGUUCUCCUGCCGUUCAGUAUCCUGCUGUUCCUGCGAGCCAUUCGACCCUGGGAUCCUGCGCUCUGGUUCCUUUCCGGAGCGCUGCCGUUUACACCGUUCACCGAAAGUCAUCGCGCGUCGCCCGUUGAUACCUUCGGGUUGCCGGGUGAUUACAGAUGGCUGGAGGACCGCACUGCACUAGCGAAAACGCCAGUCUGGGACUGGAUGCCCGAGAAGGGUCUUCCCGGUUUUGAGGACUGGGAUCAGACGGAACACCCGGAAUUUCAUUACAGCGCCCACGAGGAUCCACUGCAUAUUUCUAACUUGACAGCCCUAUUUUGGAGCCGAUUCAUCAAACAUGUCUUUCUUCUGAAGCUGGAAAGUACACGUGGCGACCUGUUCCCGAUUCGGAAGGAUAGCUUUAUGUGGAACCGUAUCGCUGAAUCCUAUAAGGAUAAGAAACUGCCCGCCGAAGUACAGGAUCGAAUUGCGAACCUCACCCGGACUGCCGAGUUUUUGACAGGAUUCUCGACUGGGUUCGAGCAUAAUGACACGUUGUUCGGGGGGAAAAGGUCGUACGGAGGCAUUGCUGCUAGUAAUGGGUUUACCACAGGCACGUACACGCUGAAGAGUGUGACCGGCACGGUCUGCGGUAUCACGCCCUUGGUGGCGGAUUUCAACCGCGAAUAUCUACACCACAUCUACCAACCGUGCUUGCCUCAUGUCUUGAAUGCCUUCAAUCACCAGGCAGACAUCACAAACAAGACCGAUGACUUUAGGACCUGGCCCUGGCAUUCCAAGUGGAUGCAGUCAGUUACCGACACCUAUGACAAGCAGGAUAAACUCACACCCGCUUUGGGAUUCCAUGACAUUCUGACCAAGGAGAAGAUUGCGGAUCCGGAUGCCAAGCAUUACCCUCCCAAGGAUAGGGAAGUGAACUACUACGGCUACGCCGACACGGAACUCCGCGAGUAUAUCCGCGACGCCAUUGACGAGGCGGAAAGUACCCACACUCGUCUGUUCCUCACCCACCUUACCGGAACCACCCACCACCCUUGGGGCCUGCCGCAUGAUGACGAUUUUAAGGAGAUCAUGUCGUCAAAUCUACUGAGUGGAUCCAAUGGCGACCUCAACCGAUAUCUGAACACCAUUCAUUUCGUAGAUAACUGGCUGGCAGAGAUCUUAGGGAUCCUGGAAGAGAAAGGAAUUGCCAAAGAAACCCUAAUUGUCAUGUCGGGUGACCAUGGUCUCUCUCUGCCCAAUGACGGUGGUGCAACUCCUUACGACAACCCACAUCGUGGCAGCUUUCACAUUCCCAUCCUCUUUGCCCAUCCUGAUAUCCCCCAGGUUGAAGUUACAACCCCCGUCAUCUCCCAGCAGAUUGUCCCGACGAUCAUCGAUUUGUUGAUUGAGACGGGAUCCCUGGGCCCGAACAGCACGCAUGCGGCGAAAGAUAUUCGAUCGCUAUACGAAGGACAGUCCAUGAUCCGCGAUCUGGUCCCAGAGAAAGAUGGCAAACAAGAUUGGCAAUUCACUGUCAUGAACACUGGUGGUUCCUGGCUGGCUGUGCGAUCGGCGGCUCGACCGGCGUUUCGCCUGGUGAUCCCGUUGAUCGACGAUCUUGAGUGGCGCUUUACCGAUUUGGAAAAGGACCCUAACGAGAAAAAUCCGUAUAAGGACUUCGGUUUGGUGGACCUGGCAGAGAAGCUGGACACGGAGUAUGGCAAGGAAGUAGUGGACUGGCUCCGCGAUGCGGCCCAUGUGGCGCAGUGGUGGGUGGUAGAAAACUGGCAUCUCUACCAAUAUAAGCCAAAACUCAAGUCCGGGAAGAGGUGA